AUGUUGCAUCAAUUUUUCGUCCGAGACCACGGCUGGUGCAACCACCGAGAGAUGAGGGACACAAUGCCGGUGGACUCUGUGACACAUAUGGUCGCGCGGCGGAGGAGAUGCCGGGAGACGAACCCCGCCGCAACAGUGACUCCGGGAUACGAACCUCGCUGCAACAAUGACACCUUGAGACGAACCUCGCUGCAACAUUCCGCGGAAAAUGGUCCCUUCUUCAUCUGCAAUUUUUCCGGCAACAGUCCCGCUGCCCGCUCAGUUCAUCAGAGAACCCCUCUGGCAACAGUCUCGCUGUCCGCUGCCCGCUUCAUCACCUCCGGCAAGCAAUGGCGUCUAACCGCCAUCAGUCGUGAUGUCGCCUCUAGCAACGAGCGUCUGCAUCACCUUCGCAGCAUUGACGACCUGCCGCGACGGAUUUGGCUGGGUAGUUUAAGUGAUAUUCUAUGCCAUGAAGCCUGCAAAUGA